AGCUCGUGAGGACCUCAACCCAGAGUCAACAGGUCGACCACUGCGCUGGUGAAACCGGGUUUAAGGCGGAUUUACGCGUGCGUAAUGACGCAUAAAUACUGGAUGAGGCAUAGACAAUUUUGGGACUUGAAAUAAUGCAGGAGCUUCAUUUGGGUUGAAUAAAAAAAAAGCUGUCAACACGUCGAGGCACCAUGGAGAACUUCGACCUGCCGUCUUUCAGCACACCUUGCGUGAGCGAUCGUUUCCAAGAGGCGUCCGUGCGUUUUCAAACAACUCCCCACCUCUCCAUCGAUUCCUAGGACAUGCUGUGUUUGAUCCAGACCCCUCGCACACACUCGAGAGAAGUUUUCCAGUAAUAGAGAUGCAGGGCCGUUGUGUAGUGAGAGGCUUUGCCGGUCUGUCCGCGGUGCGCUCCUGCAGCCUCCUGCUACUCCUCCUCCACUUGAGCGCACCGGUGGAGGCGAGGAGAGUGCGCGGCGGCCGAGCGCAGACUCGGCGGGUGCAACAGCAGCAACAGCAACAGCAGCAGCAGCUUCAGCAGCAGCAGCAGCAGCAGCCGGCUCAUACGCACAGGGAACGGGUGGAAGGAGCAGAGAGCUUCCCUUUAGACUUUACAGCCGUGGAGGGGAACAUGGAUAACUUCAUGGUGCAGAUUAAGAACUUGGCGCAGUCGCUGUACCCGUGCUCUGCGCAGAAACUGGAGCAAGACAUGAAGCUGCACUUUUUGAAGAAUGCGUCUGUGACGUGCAAUGACGGGUCGCCUGCAGGGUACUACAUCAAGGAGUCGAAAGGAAGCAAGAGGUGGCUGCUGUUUUUAGAGGGUGGAUGGUACUGUUUCAACAGGCAGACCUGUGUCAGCAGGUAUGAGACCAUGAGGAGAUUGAUGAGCUCCACCGAGUGGCCACAAACCAGGACAGGAACAGGAAUUCUGUCUCCUCAGCCAGAAGAAAACCCACACUGGUGGAACGCCAACAUGGU